AUGUUGGAGACUUCUAUGGGGGUCAAGGCUGUUGGCUGGAUCCAGGACAUGAGUCAGGAGCGGCCUCCACCUUGGGCACACAGACUGCAAGACUGUGCUGGAGAGCCUGAGCUGGAUGUACGAAAGAGAACUGGAGUGGCACGUCCCAGGUCAGCAGAUGAGAAGCAGUCAGCAGCUGAAUUAGACUUCGUGCUGCAGCGGCAUCAGGACCUCCAAGAAAAGCUGGCAGAGGAGAUGCUAGGCCUGGCCCAAAGCCUCAAGACCAACACACUGGCUGCCCAGAGUGUCAUCAAGAAGGACAACCAGACCCUGUCACACUCACUUAAGAUGGCUGACCAGAACCUGGAGAAACUGAAGACGGAGUCGGAGCGGCUAGAACAGCAUGCACAGAAGUCGGUCAACUGGCUGCUCUGGGCCAUGCUUAUUAUCGUCUGUUUCAUUUUCAUCAGCAUGAUUCUCUUCAUUCGUAUCAUGCCCAAACUCAAAUAAAGACCAGCCCCCACCCACCU